AUGCCGGAUGGGUGUUAUGGAAAUAGAUCAAGUUACGAGCGAUUUGUAAACUUCAAAAGCGAUGUCUACGGAAUUGAGUUGGUGGGUGUUUUGUUGGAUUCAUUGGAGGAGAUCUGUUCAAUUGAUUUAAAACCCUGGAAAGAGUUGGGAAAACUGUUCAUUUUCUCAAGUGAGCAAUAUUCUUGGCGAUGCUGCGGUAUCUUCUAG